CAGAAGUUGACAGUUCAGACGAGCCUCAACUAGUAAUAUUUAUAACAUCUUUAUAAUCACAGGUUUUCCCCAAGCUAAUGUCAGUAGCAAUUAGUAAGCAGAAAUGGAAUCGGAGGUUUCGGCGUUACAUCAUCAAACCCGACGGCCCGACUAUCUAUCCGUUGUGGAGAGGAGGCGAAGUAAGAACACCCCAUUCUCAUAGCCUACUAGAGACUAUCAAUAAUCGCAUUUUCAUGUGCAAAGGCGAUAUCCUCUCCUCAUAUAUAGAGAUAUCUAUCAGAGAAAAAAAAGCUAUUCACAUUAACAGUCUAUCAUACCAUUAACUUUAGUCAGGCCAGUCCAAGUUAUACAGAUUCAACAUGGCAACAAUACCGCCUACAAUGCGCGCUCUGGCAAUUCCGUCAUUCGGAAAGCCAUCCACCUAUGGUCUUGCGAACGUGCCAACGCCCCAGAUCACGCAGCCAGACGAAGUGCUCAUCAAAAUUCACGCUGCGGGCGUGAAUCCAAUUGACACUAAAGUGGCCGAAGGAGCCUUAAAAAUGGCACACAAAUACACGUUUCCUCUCGUUCUUGGACACGAUGCCGCUGGAACCAUUGUUGCCGUGGGCAGCGCCGUCAAUAGCCUGAAGGUCGGGGAUCAGGUCUUUACUCGUGUGCCAAUCCAUGAUGCCGGCACAAUGGCCGAGUACUGCCUCUCAACUGCCUCGGCAACAGCGCUGAAGCCCGAGUUCAUGUCUUUCGCCGAUGCUGCAUCCAUCCCGCUAGUGGGCCUGACGGUGCUCCAAGUGAUACGGCGCGCAGAGACACAGCUAGGCGGAUUGAAGGGGAAAACGGCGUAUGUGCCAGGUGGUCUAAGCGGCGUAGGAAGCGUAGCUGUACAGCUGCUGAAGAAUGUGUUUGGUGUGAAGAAGGUGAUCACGACGCUGUCGACAGGGAAAAUGGAGCGGGCGAAGGAUCUGUUUAAGGGAGGAGAGGGUGAGGUAGUGUAUAUUGAUUACACAAAGGAAAACGUGAGCUCGGCAAUUGGCGCUGGAAACGUCGAUUUCAUGUUCGAUACCAUGAAUGGUGCGAUUGAGAGCUUGCCUUUGAUCCGUAAAGGCGGGGUCAUUGUAUCGAUCAGCAGAACACCAUCAGGGGAAGAGCUUAAGAAAAAGUUUGGCUCUCCGCCGUGGUUUAUGGUGGUGGUGCUGAACCUCAUGGAUCAGGUUACUAAGUGGAGAGCCGGGAGGAAUGGGGUCAACUAUAGCUAUUUGUGGAUGGAAGCUGACGCCAAGGGGCUUGAUGAUUUGGGACGAUGGGUAGGAGAAGGUAAACUUAAGCCACUGGUGGGGAGAACGGCCAAGCUUGAAGAUGAGGCUGCGGUGAAGAGUGGCUAUGAGGAGGUGUACAGUGCCAAGGGUGGGGUUGGGAAGUUUGUUGUUGAGGUAAUUUGAGGUGAGAGAUGGAGGUCGAGGCUCAUAUAAUAAUGUAUUUCUGUUAAACUUUGUAAUUCCGCACUUCGCACUUGGGUUUUUACCUAUGUAGGGGGCAGGAUAUGCUUUAAAGGGACUCAACAAUCUCACUUUCACAAAUGAGAG